AUGCAGUUCCCCCCCCCCCUCACAGGCAGUUGUGGAAAACUGAUUUUCAGUGCAAAGAAUUCUUCGUUCCUUUCAGCAACAAAUGCCACACAGUUCCUUGAACAGAAUAAUGAGGACAUUCCUCAACUUCUCCUCCCUAACUAUUUGCCUCCUCCCCUCGUCCUUUCCCUCUUCCUCCCCCCCUUCGUCCUCCUCCUCCUCUUCCUCCUCCUCCCUUCCCCUCCUCCUCUUCCUCCUCCCUUCCUCCUCCUCCUCCUCCUCCCUUCCUCCUCCUCAUCAUCAUCAUCAUCUUACUCUUUCCUUCGUCUACUCGCUGUCUCUUUCUUAUUUCUCUUCUUAAUUUCCUUUUUUUCCUUCUCAGUUAUUCGCUUGCAUAUCUCCAUCAUAAUAACGCAUUUUUUCUUCUUUAUUUCUCCUUUUUCUCUCCACCCCCGCCAUUUUGCAUCUCCCCUCUCUUGCUCAUGUCUUCCCUCCUUCUCCUUCCUCAACUUCCUCUUAUCUUUCCAAUCCUUUCGUUCUUUUGGAGUUCUUUUUUCUUUUCUUUUAUUCCUGUUGAAUGAUUCUUUCUUUACCACCAGGUGCAAUGACGCGGCAGCGCGUCUACUACUGUCCAGCGUCCCCCGACUCCCCGGCAUCGUGUUCCCUUCUCCAGGUGGCCGUUCGUCUACUGCUGUUCAGCAUCCCCCGACUCUCUGGCGUCGUGUUUCCCUUCUCCAGGUGGCUGCGCGUCUACUGGUGUCCAGCGUCCCCCGGCGUCGUGUUUCCUUCUCCAGGUGGCCGCGCGUCUGCUGUCCAGCGUCCUCGGCUCCCUGGCGUCGUGUUUCCUUCUCCAGGUGGCCGCGCGUCUACUGCUGUCCAGCGUCCCCGGCGUCGUGUUUCCUUCUCCAGGUGGCCGCGCGUCUACUGCUAUCCAGCGUCCCCGAAUUCCCGGCAUCGUGUUUCCUCCUCCAGGCUGCCGCGCGUCUACUGCUGUCCAGCGUCCCCGACUCCCUGGCGUCGUGUUUCCUUCUCCAGGUGGCCGCGCGUCUACUGCUAUCCAGCGUCCCCCGACUUCCCGGCGUCGUGUUUCCUUCUCCAGGUGGCCGCGCGUCUACUGCUGUUCAGCGUCCCCUGACUCUCUGGCGUCGUGUUUCUUUCUCCAGUCGGCCGCACUUUCUCACUCUCUCUCUCUCUCUAUCUUUCUCUCUCUCUCGCUCUCUCGCUCUCUCUAUCUCUCUCUCUCUGUCACUCUCUUUCUGCACUACCAGGGCUGUAAAGACAUUUCUCUCUCUCCCUCUCCCCCUCUCUCUCUCUCUCUCUCUCUCUCCUAGCUCGCUAUUUCUUCUUCUUCUUCUUCUUCUUCUUCUUCUUCUUCUUCUUCUUCUUCUUCUUUACUUUAGUGACGCGAGCGAGCGCGUUCUUCGUUCACAUCUUUUGGAGUUCCCCCCUCUCUCUCUCUCUCUGUCUCUGUCUCUCUCUCUCUCUCUCUCUCUCUCUCUCUCUCUCUGUGUUAUGUGCACGCGCACUCCCACAUAUAAUUGCAAUUUGCUAACCUUCCAACUCCCUUUUCUUUAA